CUCCAGCUCGAGCAGCCUGGCCCAGGAUCCAUGGCCCGCGCCCGGUCUGCCGCCAGCGGCCUCGGCGGGAGAGCGCCGACUGCACCUUACUUCUGGCCCACUGUUGCCCGCUUCCCGCAGUGUCCUGCGAUGGCGCUGCCCGUCGACGGCCCGUCUGCGGCGCGGUACGUUUCGAGCUUCGAGGUGCAGGCCGGGGGCCUCGUGCCACAGCAGGAGCGCGAGCCCACGGCGGGCGCCUGGGCAAGCGGUGUGCUGCAGCCUCCAGACCGCCCUGCCAGCUGGGAGGUGUUCAAGUCAUGAUGUGGAAGCAUUUUUUCGUCGCCUACAAGAGGCGUCGGAUUCUCACAGCAGCCUGGCCAGCCCUCGUGUAUUCUGGCAUCGCGGCUUUUAUGAUCCAGCUGUUCUCCGACAGAGCUGACGGCGACAGGCAAGACAUGCCCUUUACGGGUGCGUUGGUCCUUGCGCUGGUGGUGCCCAUGCACCUUGUUAUCGCAAUCAGCGGAGCGUUCAACUGCGCAGUCAUUGAGAUCGUGUCGGAGAAGGAGUCCAAGAUGAAGGUGGUCCAGGAGCUGUACGGCCUCUCCCAGUUGCUGUACUGGGCUUCCUGGGCCCUGUACUUUUUUUGCGUCUCUCUUGUUUGCAUAGCUGUAAUCUGCGUUAACCUUUCGGUUCUCGGACACCUGAUCAGCAGCCAGUUCUUUGUCGUGCUGAUGUUGCUGGCCGCGUACAUGCAGAGCUUCAGCCUCGCGGCGAUCGCCAGCGUCUUCUUCGAGAAGAAGCAGACCGCGGGCACGGCGGCCGGCCUGGUCAACCUCUUGCUGAUGUUCCUCGGGCUUGGCGCGCAGGGCCUGCUGCGGGGCAGGUCCAGGCUCGUCUGGUACGCCGCCGGGCUGCUGCCCACGGUCAACGUCUUCAGCGGCCUGGCGGCGCUCAUGUGGCUGGAGGUGGCCUACCACUGCGACGACGCGGGGUGCUAUCGAGGCCUGGGCCCGCGGACCCUCUGGCAGGACAGGCUCUGCCUCCGCCCUCGCCCGCCGGAGCUCUGCGAGGAGCAUGCUGCUCUGGAGAUAUCCGCCCCCGUCCAUGUGCAUGAUGGCCUUGGACGUCGCCCUCUACGCGUUCCUCGCCUGGUGGCUGGGCAACGUCUGGCAGGGCGAGUACGGCGCCGCCAAGCCCCCGCUCUUCUCGGAG